AUGAUAGUAGAGGCACACGAAGAACUCAUCGCAGAGAGGCGAGAGCAGGGCAAGAAGAUUGUCAAAAGGUACCCAUACGAUGCGGCCAGCUCUCCAGCAUAUGAAAUUACCUAUGCUCAUCAGUGCAUCGCAGUGACACUGGCAGCUUCGCUGAACGUAAGCCUGGAUAUUUUAGUGACCACGCUCAUGUGCCAAUGCCGUUGCCGGCUAAGACUCUUGGCAUUGUCGCUGAAAACGCUUUGCGACGAGAUCCCAGGUCAUACUGCUACGGGUCUCCGGAAUAUCGGCGUAGAACUGUUUCUGAUAGACCGUCUCCGGAGCUGCAUCAAGCAGCAUCAGGCGGCCUUGAAUCAGGCAAGAUUGCUACAAGCGUACUUCUCUGCGCCAAUCUUCGGCCAGUUCUCAGUAUCGAUGAUCAUCAUAUGCGUCACGGCGUACCAACUCGCCUUCAGUGAGAAGAUCAAGGUGGCUGCCUAUGAGUGGCCUUGGUACUCCUGCGGCUGCAGGGUCCGUCGCGUGCUCCUAAUAAUCGUUGAGAGGUCCCAUCGAGUCGUGAGACUACGCGCCGGCGGACUCACUGAACUCACACUCGCCUCCUUCAUGGCUGUUAGUAACUACAGU